AUGGGGUGCGAUCGUCGAUUAUUAAACAUCAUUUCCGACAUUACUGACUUGUCGUUUGAAAGAUUUAGAAACUCGAUCUCAGAAACCAAUUAUGCGAUUUUAUGCAAUGAUAUGAAGAAGAAAUUGGACGAAAUGAAUAUCAAUAUGAUGGAAAGUGUAUUGGCCAGUUCUAAACUGGACGCCGAGUUAAUGGUUCAAGAAUUUGGUAUGGAAGUUGAAGAAUUCUGUUUCUUGUUAUCUUGUGAAAUCAAACGUUUGGCUACAAUCUUGUAUCUUGAAGCUUGCUUAUUAAACAAGACCCCAGAAGACGAACAAAUUGACCAAUUAGUCCAUCAAAUCUUUAGAUUAUUGGAGUUUAUUGUCAUCAAGAACAAUUACAAAUGGUAUUCCACCCUUAUCUGGUCAGUAUUUAUGGCUGCUUCCGAAAUUUCUAGUCUUUCACCCGAUUGUGAAGAUUUGCGUUAUUUGACUUUACAAAUUUUCGACAAGUUGGAAGAUAAUACAUUAGGUAAUGUAGGUAAGACUAGACAAAUAGUGUUGAGUAUUUGGAAGAGAAGAGAUUUGGACAAUUGUGAUGAAAACAGUUUCGGACUUAUGGCCGACAAUUCUAAAAAGAACAAGAAGAAGGGGUUGAUGGGAUGGGUUAAUGACUGGGAAAAGUAUGUCGUUGAUGAAGAUUACGCCAUUGCCUUAGCUUAG